AUGCAAGCGCAGGAACCCGGCGCGGGCGCGGUAGCCGUGACCGCAGGGGGCGCGGGGGGCGCGGGGGCCUCUGGCACCACCGCUGCUGCCCCCAGCACCCCGCCCCAGCCUGACCCGGCCGCCGCCACUACGGCCCACUGCACCGCGGUCACUGCGGGCAAGCAGCCCGCCCCCGACGCCGCCCUUCUUGAGGGCUUCCCCGCACCGGUCGUGCUCACGCCCGCGUGGCCUAGCCUCGGGAUGCCCCCCGCGGAUGCGCCGCUUGCCGCCUCCGCAUUCCGUGGGCAGCAGGGCGACGCUGCUCUCGCCUCGGCCGUCCUUACCGCCAAGUCUGAGGCUUCAGCGGCUCAGGAGCAGGGUCUCAACCCCACCUACGACUACCUACGGACAUGGAUCAAGCGCCAGAAGCCCUUCCCCUCCUUCCUGCAGGUCCAGGAUGACCUCGUUCACGAGGAGAUCACCAGGGGUCCCACGACCGGCUCGUCUUCCUCCGCGCUUGUGGCUACUCCACCAGCUUCCUCCGCCUCGCCAGCCACCUCCCUCCUUGGUGCACCUCCCACCGGCCAGACCGGGGGGGCCCCGCUCCCGCUCCUGCCCCUGCCCCUGGAGGGUCAGGGAGGGGUUUCUCGUCCACAGCAGCCGGCGGCCAUGUUCACCGGUGCUGCUCCCCUAUUCGCGCUGUCCUGGACUCCACCGGCUCAGCCCAGCCAGCCACCCACCUGGCCUAGGGGGUGGGACCAGGCCGCGCUGGCGCUGUCCUUCAGCACCAUGGGGCUGACUCCACCGCUCAGCACUGAGUGGAUCGCCAACUCGGGUGCCUCCUUCCACACCACCCCAGAUGCCGAUGAUUCAUAA